GGGGAGGCGAAAGCGCUGGCAACCCUCCGGCACCACUGGAAGAAAUCCGCGCUCGGAGCCUGCCUGCUGGGCUGGGGCGGCCACUGGCUCUACGGGAAGCACUGUGAUGACCUGGUUCGAAGAGCUGCAUGCCAAGAAGCCCAGGCUUUUGGCAACCAGCUGAUUCGUGCCACUGUGCCACUGAAGAAAGCAACAGUCUUCCUCAACCCAGCAGCUUGCAAAGGCAAAGCUGUGAACCUUUUUGAAAAGAAUGCUGCACCAAUUCUGCACUUAUCUGGCAUGGAUGUAACUGUGGUUAGGACUGAUUAUGAGGGACAAGCAAAAAGGCUUAUGGAAUUAAUGGAAAGCACGGAUGUGAUCAUUAUUGCAGGAGGAGAUGGCACAGUCCAAGAGGUCAUAACUGGACUUCUCCGUAGAGCAGAUGAGGCUGCCUUCAGUAAGAUUCCUAUAGGAUUCAUACCCCUUGGAAAAACUUGCAAUUUGAGCCACACACUGUACCCUGAGAGCACGAGUCAAGUCCAACAUAUUACUAAUGCUGCGUUGGCCAUUUUGAAAGGAGAGACAGUUCCACUUGAUGUCUUGCAGAUCAAGGGAGAAAAGGAACAGCCUGUGUUUGCAGUCUCUGGUUUAAGAUGGGGAGCUUACAGAGAUGCAGGAGUUAAAGUUAGCAACUACUGGUACCUUGGGCCUCUGAAAACCCAAGCAGCUCAUCUUUUCAGUACAUUUAAGGAGUGGCCUCAGAAGCAUCAAGCUGCUCUCAUGUACCUGGGUCCAACUGAGAGACCUCCAGAAGAGCCAGAGGAGACAUGCAGGCCUCAUUUCCUUGUGAGGCUUUACAGACGAAUUCGGUCGUGCUGCUUCCCUCCAAAAGAAGCCUGUGAGGAGGUAGCCCCUGAGGACUGGGAAGAACUGAACUUGUCCACCAUUGAGCUUUCCAUUGCAACUCAGAACAGGCAGCUUGAUCUAACACGCUCUGAGGACUUCAUGGACAUUUGCAUUGAAACAGACAAUCUCAGCAAACAGCAGUUUGUUCAGAGAGGAAGUCAAAAGAUGCAUGAUCCACACAUGUGCCCUGAAGGGAGUCAGCACAUCCAAGCCAGCAGAUGCAUCUUGCAACUUCCAGAGGGCACUGAGGGAUCCUUUGGCAUUGAUAACGAGGAGUAUGAAGCUAUGCCUGUGGAGGUGAAGCUCUUACCCCGCAAACUCAAGUUCUUCUGUGACCCCAGAGUGAGAGAGCAGAUGCUGCAGGCAGCAGAAGAAGGAGAAUGCAUGGCAGAGGAGCAAGGCUCACCACCAGCAUGUUGUCAUCAAGACUCAUGAGACCCAACUAACUCAAUUAACCCCACGAGACUAAUAAGCCUUUUGGCUGUUUUUACGUGCAAGCUACUUCCUUUGGAAGUGUAAGAUUUGACUGGUCUUAAAGGGGUUAAAAAUGCAAAUUAAAAUUCUGAAAAGUA